AUGACAGCCCCGGCCGACGCCGAGCCGCCUCCGCCCGUCGAAACGGCAGCGUUGUGCGUGCCGCCUGGGGCCACUCUGAGUGGCAAGGCGCGGGCGCAGCUGCUGGACUCGCACACGCGGCAAUGGCAAACCGAGACGUGGGAAGAGGCUGACCACUCGCUGGUGCGCCGGCUCGUGGACCGAUCGGUGGCCUGGGCGAAUCGCAGCACUGUGGCCGUGGGGUGCUUGGGCGGCUCGGGCAGCCGCGGGCUCGCAGAGCUGCUCUUCAGGCACGGAGUCUACAUGGGCCACUGCCUCAACCCGAGCACGAUGGACUGUGCGUACUUUGCCGUGCACGACCGACCGCCGCUGGCUCAAGUCAUGCAGUCCGUCUUCACUGGGCCAGCCUCCGCGGGGUCUCUCGAUUACCAGCUGCACCAACUGCCCGCAGCCGUCUUGGCGGCGGCGGAGCGGGCGCUCGGAGCGGCGCUGCAACGGGUGUGGUCUGACUUGCGGAGUGAGCUCUAUUGCUACUACCGCAACCGCCUAUUGCGGGCGCGCCGCAGCAGAGCCGACGCCCGGGAGGACGACCUGUACGCACCGCCCUUUCACGCAAUCGGCUGGAAGGCGUGCAAGAGCCUUGUCCUCCUCCCGGUCCUGCGCUCCCUGCUGGGCCGGAAGCUGCGCUUCAUGCACCUCAUGCGGCACGGACCCACGAUGAUGCUUUCGACGAACAACGUGCAGCUCAGGCAGUCCUGCGCCGGCGGCAACUGCGGCUCCGCACUCAGCACCAACAGAUCGGUGUACACGUACGAUACGGCAGCGGUUGCUUCACUGCACGCGGAGUGCCUCGCCCUCUCGCAGAAGCAUUGCAGCGGCGCACAACUCCACAAGGCUCUCCUCGACCGCCCAUGCGGCGCGCUGCAGACGCUGAUGCGGCAGGGGCAGCUGUGGGCAGCUGUGAACUCGCAGGCGCGGGACGCCGCGGAGCGAGGGGGCCCAAGGGCGGCCGCAAUGAGCUACCGGAGCGUCCGCAUCGAGGAUGUUGUGCGUGGGGUCGGUGUCGCGAGCCUUCUCGAGUGGGUGGGGGUCCCGCCGGCCGCGGUGUGCCCAGAGGCUCGAGGCGGCCUCAACACCACGUGCUGGCGCGACCCCUCCACCUUCCGUCAGGAGGAGAGCGUGGUCGAGUACAUGGUUAGGGACAAGAUGGCCGCCCUCGUCGCCCAGCUGCGGACCAGCGCGAUGUGCCCUCGAGUCGCGGGGCUGUACUCGCGGCUUGGGGACGGGUGCGGGGAUGCAUAUUUCCGACGCGCGAUGGUCCGCUUUGGCUACUGGACCGCUGAUGACGGAGCCAAUUGCACCGAGAGUCGCGGGUCUUGA